GACUUUAUCAGCUGCAGUUACUGAACUAUCAGGAGACGAAGUUGAAAUUCCUCUUCAGAUCUACAAUCAACUGCCCAGAGCAGGUCCCUCAAAAAGUCCAGAGGAAGCUUGCAGGAGAAUGAUGGAUUACUACAGAAAAUAUGCAGCUGUCAUUCUAGUUAUGUUGUCCGUGUUCCUGCAUAUUCUUCAUUCGCUUCCUGAUGGAGACUUUAUGAUUCAGGGUUGCCCAGAAUGUAAACUAAAGGAAAAUAAAUACUUCUCCAAGCUAGGUGCCCCCAUCUAUCAGUGCAUGGGCUGCUGCUUCUCCAGGGCAUACCCAACUCCAGCAAGGUCCAAGAAGACGAUGCUGGUUCCAAAGAACAUCACCUCGGAGGCCACAUGCUGUGUGGCCAAAGCAUUUACUAAGGCCACAGUAAUGGGAAAUGCCAGAGUGGAGAACCACACGGAGUGCCACUGCAGUACCUGCUACUAUCACAAGUCUUAGCUUUUGACAAGGGGCUGUGCUGGCGUCGCUGGUCUGUGGGAUGGCACUGUGUGAUGCCACCUCCUUCUUUACCAGACUUGUGAUGUACUUCAGUCAUUCACUGCAGC